UUAUAUAGAGAAAAUUACAAUUAAUCAAAAUGCCUCAUCUGCUCGAAUUAUUUCAACUCUGUCUCCCCGAAUCUCACUCAUCGAUUUGACAAGUAGGAAAAUGCUGUAAAUAUCGCAAUCGGAAACGUCAAAAUGCUAAGCGGUUGCUACAUCAGAGCUCUCUGGAUUUUGAACAAUCAGGACGUUGUAAUUUUCUCCAGGAAAUUCCCGGUGGUUGAAAAGCGGUGGCGCGUGGCUUGUGAGAAGGAAAGCACCGAUGAUUUCAAGUAUCAUAUGUUACCUAACGAUUCGGACUUCAGUGGUGCUUUUAGCGACCGUAAGAAGCGGGAGGGCUCAGCUCGAGGGUUUGGUGUACGUGUGAGCCAAUCUGUUAAAGGAUCAGAUUCAUGGGUUGAUGAUCCAAUUACUCGUCAUGUAAUAAGCUUGAACAUUAACAAAGAAGAAGGGGAGAAUUAUCUCCUGUGGCCCCUGGUCCUACAUAUUAAGGGCCCAUAUUCUAUUCUUAUAUUGCCCUUGGUAGAACCUCGUCAUUUGAAGUCCUACUCAAGGAUGUGUAAUUCAUCAGACUGUGGAAAUGCUAUUGGUGCUGAUGAUAGUUUGUCUUCACUCCUCUUGGAUCUUCCACCCAUCACAGGGGCGUUUGCUGUGGCACAAACAAUCGGGGACAUCGUAGUUGGUGAAACAAUGGAGCCAGAAGUAGUUGUUGCUGCAUCUCCUUCAGUUGGCGGGCUGCUCGAUACCCUCACUGGUAGCAUAGGAAUUUCCAGUAUUUCUGCAAGAGCAAAACCUGUAGCUUUACCUGUUGCAGCUUCCACUAUAUCUGGGACUGCCGUGACCGGAGCUGCUAUGUCUGAUGCUCCGAAGAUGGGAUCCAGGCCUUUGGAUAAGGAUGUCCUUAGGUCUUUCAUCAGCAGUGCAAUGCCCUUUGGUACUCCUCUCGAUCUUAGCUACUCCAAUAUUUCUGCCAUCAAGACCACAGGAUUUUCUUCAGCAGACGUGCCUCCUGCUGAUCGAAAGCAACCAGCAUGGAAGCCUUAUCUUUACAGGGGUAAACAACGGAUUCUGUUCACUAUUCAUGACACGGUCCAUGCUGCAAUGUAUGAUAGAGAUGAGAUCCCAGACAGCAUAACCAUUUCUGGUCAGGUGAACUGCAGAGCAGAGUUGGAGGGACUUCCUGAUGUUUCUUUACCAUUGACCUGGUUGGCUAGUGCCCGAGUUGAGUCGUUAACCUUCCAUCCUUGUUCUCAAGUUCCAGAGCAUGGUGGUGAUAAACAGGCUAUUACAUUUUCACCACCAUUGGGGAAUUUUGUCCUGAUGCAUUAUCAGGCACUUUGUUCUGUUGGACCUCCUAUUAAAGGGUUUUAUCAGCUAUCAAUGGUCUCAGAAAAUGAAGGGGCCUUUCUUUUUAGGUUAAGCAUCAUGGAAGGUUACAAAUCUCCUCUAACAAUAGAGUUCUGUACUGUAACAAUGCCUUUUCCAAGGAGAAGGGUUGUUUCUUUUGAUGGGACACCUUCAAUUGGAACAGUAUCAAAUACCGAGCACUCAGUGGACUGGAGGAUAAUAGCAAACUCUCGAAUUGCUUCUGGGAAAAGCAUUGAGGCAACCUUUUCCGGGACAGUUAGAUUUGCACCAUGGCAAGCACAAAAAAUGCCGUCAUCUGGAUCAGCGCUGAUGGGUGAUGAAGACAGCGAUCUUGAAUCAGAAUCUAGUGGCAGCAUGGUAAAUGUUGAGGAUUUUAUAAUGGAGAAAAUGAUUAAGGAUCUUCCAGCAGCAGAUCUAGAGGAUCCUUUUAACCGCCAGGCAUACAAUUACGCGACAGUUUCUUUCAAGAUGAUAGGGCCUUCAUUCUCAGGAAUCUCUAUUGAUCCUAAAUCUGUAAGCAUAUUUCCAGCAGUUAAGGCACCUAUUGAAGUUUCAGCUCAGGUUACUUCUGGGGAUUAUAUUUUGUGGAAUACUUUAGGAAAAUGUCCAGUUGCAGCCACGCCACAAGCUUAGAAAUCAACUCAGUAGAGGCUGAAUAUAUGCUGAAACUCAAUUUGAUCUCUUGGUCUGCCCAUUUGCAUGUCUUGGAAAAUUUCUGUCAUCAAAUUAACUGUUCAUGCGCAAGUACUGUGGCAACCUGCUACAGCAUAUUGGACUGGAUUUGUUAGCAACUAAAUGUCAACCAGAAGAUGAUUUAUAUAUUCUUCCCUAUGAUUUUGUUC